AUGGUUGUCAAGGUGCUUGGAGCAAUCCAAUCUGCCUGCACAAGAAGGGUGCUUACAUGCCUGAUAGAGAAAGAUAUUGAGUAUGAAAUUGUGCCUGUUGAUCUAAGAAAAAAAGAGCAGAAAAAACCAGAGUUCAUGGCUUUACAGCCCUUUGGAAAAGUUCCAGUGGUCCAGGAUGGAGAUCUCACAUUGUUUGAGUCAAGGGCAAUCAUAAGGUACUUUGCUGAGAAAUAUGCAGAGAAGGGGACCUGUCUGCUGGGGAAAACUCUAGAGGAGAGAGCAUUGGUUGAACAGUGGCUAGAAGUUGAAGGGCAGAACUUCAGUGCUCAUUCUUAUACACUGAUUAAUCAGCUACUAAUUGUCCCAAGGAUGGGUAUGCCUCAGGACCUAGCAUUGAUUCAGAGCAGUAUUGAGCAGCUGGGUAAAGUGUUUGAUGUGUAUGAAGAGAGGUUGUCAAAGAGCAAGUACUUGGCAGGGGGAUUUUUUAGCCUUGCUGAUCUGACCCAUCUUCCAUAUACUGAUUAUAUAGUGAAUGUUACUGAUAAGGGAUAUCUGGUUAGGGAUAGGAAACAUGUGAAUGCAUGGUGGGAGGAUAUUUCCUCCAGACCUGCAUGGAAGAAGGUUUCAGUUAUGUGA